AUGAGCGGUUUUCAGCUUGGCGACGACUCGCGCUCGGCAUCCAGCGACGAAGACGACGAAGACAACUUGUCCACACUCCCCUUUGCGACCCCGCUUCGCCGCUCUGAUUUCCUCGUCCCCGACUUUUCGCCUUCGGAAUAUCUUUCUACCCUGCGAAACCGCCACCAAACUCUGGAAGAUUUGCGCGCCGAACUGCGCUCGCGGUCGCAACUGCUUUCCAAGGAGCUGUUGGAUCUUGUCAACAGCAAUUACCAGGACUUCCUCAACCUGGGAAACAGCCUGCAUGGAGGCGAGGAAAAAGUAGAGGAGGUGAGGGUGGGCCUGCUGGGAUUCAGGAAGGAAGUCGACGGGCUGAUGGAGGUGGUGGGGUCGAGGGAAGAAGAGGUCAAGGAACUAUUGGACGAGAGAAGGGAUGUGAGGAGGAAGAUCGAGGUAGGGAGAAGGCUGGUGGAUUAUGAUGCUAGGCUCAAGGAACUCGAGGCAGAGCUCAUGAUCGAAACGGCUGGACAUGAGACUAUUAUCCUUAGGGAAGACGUCUCGGAUAGCGACGAGGAUGAAGACGAGGACGAAGACGAAGAAGAAGAGGGCUACGGGGUAUCUAUUCCAAAGUUAAGACGAAAUGUCCUGCAGUAUCGCUUAGUAUUGGGGCUGGAAAAGGAGUUGAGUGAACAUCCGUUUGUUACGGCGCAGGCACCAAGGAUAGCAAAGGCGCGUAGCACAUUGCUGAUGGAUCUAAGUACUGCAUUACAGCAGGCGAAGAGUGCAGGGUCGUCUGGGUCUGGUCGCGUCAUCAAGGUUAUGAAGAUUUAUACCGACAUGGAGGAGUCAGCAGAGGCGGUCAAGCUUCUCAAGACACUCAACUCAUCCACAGGAUAG